CUCAAAAUGCGAGGUUUAAUAUGAAAGAAAGGGUUUAGGUUAUCAGAAAAUAUAAAACUACGAUUCAAAAUAUCAAGAAAAGCCAUUAAAGAUGAAUCUCUUAGUAAAAUAAUAGCUGAUUUUUCGGAAGAAUCUGUGUAACAUUGAAUUUACAAUCAUGUCUGGCAAAGGGAAACAAAGUUCUAAAAAAGCAGUUGUUAAAGUGCGAGAAAGUGGAAAGACUAUACAAUCUUCUGUACUUAAUUCAGAUACAAGUUCAGAGAGUACAGAGACCACAAUGUCUCUACCCAUUUUAAAAAUUGCUGAUAAUAGUCGCCUUCUUCCAAGAUAUAGUAGCAUUCUACAACGUAACGUAGAAGAAGGUGUAGGUAUGGAAGAUCUUGAUACAUUGCAGUUAGAAUUAGAAAUGCUCCUCUCUUCAGUAGUUGUACGACAUCGCAUGCUCCAAGAAGAGAUAGCUAAUUUAUCCUCAGCAGAGGAACGUAGAGACAAAAGAUCUAAAAGCGGAAAAGGUCUUUCCCUUUUAGAUAAAAGAGUUAGAGAAGAAAAAUUCAAACCAAAAGAACUUAGUACUAAAACACAAUCUCCUCUCCCAGCAAAACUGUUUAAGCAAAAGGCUGUUACUAGCUUGAAUUCUCAAGUCAUUCCAAAUGUUCAUGAAAUUUCAAGAAUUGAAGGUUCUAAAUCUGAAUCGCCAAAGUUGCUCUUACCGAAAAAUGACACACCUAAUAAAUUCUGGGCAUCUGUCGAUCCAUACUGUACAGACAUUAUGUCUGAUGAUAUUAAAUUGUUAGAAGAAUUAAUCUCUACUCAUAGCGAUAUUAGUGACUUUAAAAAAAUCCCACCAUUAGGUCGUCAUUAUAGUUUGAUGUGGGCACAUAAUGAUUUGUUGCAAGAAGAGGAUGCAGCUAAUCCAAACAGAGAUAAGAAAAAGAAUCGUUCAGAUGUAUCUCUGUUGGUUGGAAAAAAUGACAAAAAGGCACAUAGUAUAGCAGGGCCUUUAACCCAAAGAUUGGUUUCUGCUUUACUAGAAGAAAAUGUAUAUGUUGCAAAUAAUAACACAGACAACAAACUCUUUAGGGACAGUGAUCCUCCUGUUUUAAGAGAUCUCACUAUUCAGAAUUCCAUUAAUUUAGAAUUAAGGAUGCACAAAGAACUGGUUGAACAAGGAAUUUUAGAACCAGAUGCACAAAAGAAAAAUCAAGAAGAUGACGAAAUUUUGACUGAGAUAAAACGAUGUCAACAAGAACUUACUGCGCUUUCUAAUCACAAUGUAACACAAUUAAAAAGAUUAUUGAAUUUAGCCCAGGAAGAAAGUAAGCGCCAAGCACUGAAAAGAAAAAUUAAUACAGCAGAUACCGAAGUAAUAGAACAUUAUAAAAAACUUAUGCUAGCAAAACAGAGAAAAGUACCCUUAACUAAAAAAGAACAAGAAAAAGCAUGGUCAUGUCUUCGAGAAAGAGAAAAUCUCUUAGACCAGCUGAACAUGUUACCACACAAUAAUAUAGGAGAAUCUAUAGGUUUCGGCACUAAUACGAACUAA